GUUAUUAUUUUAAAUCCAACCUUUGACGUGUAAUAAACUAUAAUAAUGACGCCAGAAGCCACCUAAUUUUGUCUCUUUAAACUAAAAAAUAUCCUGUCAUUCUCUCCCAAUAAUUCCCUUGUGCAGUACCAAACUGUUCUUUCUCACGCACACAACACAAUCAGCAAAGUACAAUGGCGAUGGCGACUGCCUUCUCCAGCUCUUCUUUCACUGUAUUUCACUCUAAACGCUCUGAAUCAUCCCUCCCUCUUUCGAGUUUUUGCAUUCUUCCGUCAAAGUCCACUCUCUACCUUCCAGUCGGGUUGCGUUUUGAUUCUUCCAGUCAGAGGCAUGUACUGAUGCAUGCCUCUAUUGAUGGGGUGGAUUCGAUUGAUUCAAUUUCAUUGAAUUCUAAGCAGGAGAAUGAUUAUGUUCCAAUGCCCAUUGUUCUGAUAGAUCAAGACACUGAUCCUGAUGCAACCAUUGUGCAAGUUAGUUUUGGAGAUCGACUUGGUGCUCUUAUUGACACGAUGAAGGCGCUCAGAGACUUAGGCUUGGAUGUUUCCAAGGGAACUGUUACUACUGAGAACUCUGUCACUCAAACCAAUUUUUUUAUCGCACGACGGUCGACUGGACGCAAAGUUGAAGAUCCCGAUCUCCUGGAAAGAAUUCGUUUGACCAUUAUCAACAACUUACUUAAGUAUCAUCCAGAGUCCAGUGAGCGCCUUGCUAUGGGUGAAGCUUUUGGAGUAAAACCUCCAGAAGUAAAGGUUGAUGUUGAUAUUGCAACUCACAUACACGUUAAGGAAGAUGGACCCAGGAGAAGCUUGCUCUAUAUAGAGACGGCUGACCGACCAGGAUUGCUGAUGGAGAUGGUCAAAAUUAUGGCGGAUAUCAAUAUAAAUGUUGAAUCAGCCGAGAUCGAUACAGAAGGAUUGGUGGCCAAGGACAAGUUUCAUGUCAGCUACAGAGGAGCAGCCUUGAACAGUUCCUUGUCUCAGGUUCUCAUAAAUUGCUUACGUUACUACCUGAGGCGGCCAGAAACUGAUGAAGACAGUUACUAGAGGAACUGAGGAACUUUCUAUGAACACAAAGCUUCCAUGUAUGUGGUUGUGCGUGAAUAACCAAUUUCGUGGUUAUAUGCAACUUAUUAUCUUUGAAGAACUCGUAUAACCGUUAUUCAUAAACUCAUAAAAUUGAAUCAUUGAAAUGGGACGAAACAUUCUAAAGUUUUGGAUACAACAAACUUGUGUUGUUAUUCAGAACUUCCUGUAACUGCUUUAUGUAGUUGGUGUAUGCACUUUUAAUAUCGUUAUCCUUACACAUAUAUUGUACCUUUCAAGAAUAGACCAACCUUUUUCUUGGUUUAGGUCAAUAAAUAUGUUAAAGCCCCUGCAUAGUAAGUAGCUGCAAGUAUCACUUCAAGGAGACGAAGACUGUUGGGUUGUAAGAAAAAUAAGUAUUGUAUCUAUUUUAUGGUUUCAUUUUUUAAAUGGAAGAUUUAAAACUA